GUACAGCGUGAGUUUGGGGGCCUAAGUCAAAUGUACAGAGUUCUGUGCCUGAGACAAUAAAAUCCUUAAGAAGAACAGCGAAAUCAAGAAGGGGAAGGACGACAAGAAGAAGAAGGAUAAUACAGACGAGCCCGGAUCAGAACGGAUCCGACCCACAUCCGCAGGUCCUCCUGACUGAUAGCCUUCUGUGCAUUACUUUGGACAAUAUUCAUUUAGCUGAUGGUUUCUACAAUCAAGAUCCUCCCCUGUUUUGUGUGUUAAGAGAAUUGGAAGAUGGGUCUUACUGAAUUUGUGGAAAGGGUUUGAUUUUGAGGAUUCCAGUUAUGAAAGAGGGGCCAAGGUCAAGUCAUGGGAGUUAUUGGUUCUUGGUUCAUCAUGGCAUAACUGUUUCUGUUUGUGCAUAUAUUACAGGAGAGGUAUUCAUACUGCUCCUGAACCUUCUGAACGACCUUCAAGAGCCUUGUAGGGCCGUAACGCAGACGGGUAUUGCUUGCGAGAAAUGGAUCCUGGUCGCUAUGGUCUGCAUCGAGGAUGGGAUAAUAACAGCGUAAUUGUGGUUUCCUCCUUAAUAAUCACCUAUAUGGGAUGAUAAAACAAGAAAUUUUAGGGCACAUGUGAUUGUCCAUUUUUUUUUACGGCAUCUCAUCCCUAAAGAAAAACGAGAGAAAGCUGUGGGGCAUUGAGGAUAUGGACUGGAUUUGCCUAAGCUCGUACCAUGAUUGAUUAUUUGUGGCUGACAUAGGUUAUUCUCUUGAAUUCACAGGCUCUGGAGGGUUAUGGUGCAGUACAUGAGCCAAACUUCCGGUGAGUGCUGAGUUGCUUAUCAUCAUCACAGGGGUAUUUUAGUAUUCUUGGGUUUAAGUGUCGAUGGAAAUUAUAUGGAUUGAGAAGCUGAUGGUAUAGCUUUAUUGGGUUGGUGCUUCCUAUGAUGAAAGGAGGUUUUUAGAUGAAAGAUUCUCAAGAGAAAAUGUUUACCCGAGAAAUGCCUUCCAUCGUGAAGUAUUGGACAGGGAGAACUAUCCACCACCACCUCCUGCAAUUGGUCUUUGGCCACAAUCAAGGAGGAGAAGUUAUGAAGAGGAAUAUCCUCUUGAUAGGGAAUCUAGGCGACAUGAAAAAUCGUACAUUAGUUCAUACCAUGAGAUGGAUACCUUUCGUGAUCGAGACAUUGAUACCAUUCAAGAGUUUGAUGAGUUUGGGGAUGGGUAUCACAAUGUUGACAACUCUCGUGAUCAUGGAUUUGGAAGGCCUGCAAGGUUUGAGGGACGUGAUCGUGAUGAUUAUGCUUAUGAUGAUUAUGAUCGUAGGUCCCGCUUGUCCCAUCAAAGUAGGGAGGAUAGCCGUGAUAGGGACUAUGACCAUGGUCGUCAUGGUUAUGAUUCCGAUUAUGAUAGAAGUAGUAGGAGAGAUGGAAAUUGGAGGCGGCGUGGAUCCCGUGAUAAGAGAUGCCCAAGUCGGGAACGAGAUCAGAGUCCACAUAGAAGGCAUGAGCGCUCUUGGUCUCGGGGGCAUGAUGAUCGCCCUAGAUCAAGGUCCCCUCGAGCACGAAGCCAUAGUCGAACUCAUCGCGAGGACAGCUAUGAUGAUGAUCGACAUGAGAGGAUGGAUAAGCGAAGGGAGCGUGAAGAGAAGCGUCAUCGUGAGCAAUAUUCUGUGGCCCCAUCUGCCACUGUUGUUGUGAAGGGCCUGUCACAGAAGACAACUGAGGAAGAUUUGUACCAGAUCCUUGCUGAAUGGGGACCCCUUCGUCAUGUUCGUGUGAUCAAAGAGCGAAACUCUGGGAUCUCUCGUGGAUUUGCUUUUAUUGAUUUUCCUUCUGUGGGAGCAGCUCGUGCAAUGAUGGACAAGAUUGGAGAUGAUGGUCUUGUUGUGGAUGGAAGGAAGCUGUUUUUUGAGUAUAGUAGUAAGCCAACUGGUGGGGCAGGUGGACCAUUUGGUCAAGAGAAUGCUUUGAAAUCAGGCCACUUUAACCAUAGAAGCAUUACGGUACCAUCUGAUUGGAUGUGCAACUCUUGUGGCUGUGUCAAUUUUGCUCGGCGAACGUCUUGCUUCCAGUGUAACGAGCCACGUACAGAUGAUGCUCUCCCAGCAGAUAUUGCUUUAUCAAAUCCAGCACCCAUAGGAAAGAAAGGAUUGGAGGCAGGUCCUACUCAUGUUUUGGUGGUUCGAGGAUUGGAUGAAAAUGCUGACGAGGAAAUGCUUCGUUAUGAAUUUUCCAAACAUGCUCCAAUUAAGGACCUUCGUCUUGUCAGAGACAAAUUUACUCAUGUCUCAAGGGGAUUUGCAUUCUUACAUUUUCAUUCGGUGGAGGAUGCAACCAAAGCUCUUGAAGCAACGAAUGGAAUGACACUUGAAAAAAAUGGGCAGAUCUUGAGGGUUGCAUAUGCAAAAAGCAUCCUUGGUCCAGGAUCAGGCACAUCAGGACCUUCCCAAUCAAGCAGCCUUGCUGCUGCCGCAAUUGAGGCAGCAACAUUUGCUCAGCAGUAUGAUGCUGUUGGAUGGGCACCAAAAGAGUAUAACCCGGAUGACAAACAACCAGCCAGCAGGCAGGAACAAAUUGAUGGGAAGGUUCAAGUUCAAAAUGACAGUUCAGCUCCACAAGCUGGAUUUGUGUGGGAUGAGGCAUCUGGUUAUUACUAUGAUGCUGCGUCUGGGUUUUACUAUGAUGGAAAUACAGGUCUCUAUUAUGAUGGUAACAGUGGAAUUUGGUAUACAUAUGACGAACAAACUCAUCAAUACAUCCCUUGCACUGAUCAGAAUGACAACAAAACAUCUGGUGACCAAUCUGAGCCCCCCAAGGCAUCAGAUGGUUCCAGUAAUAGAAAAGUGGUUAUCUCUGCACCAGCUACUACGUCAGUUGAGAAGACUGCCUCAUUGCCAGAUGCAGUACAGGCUGCAGCAACAGCAGCAAUAGCUGCAGAGAAGAAAGAGAAAGAGAAAUCAAAAGAGAUAAAACUUGCUUCAAGGAGCAGCAUUCUGGCAACUAAGAAGAAAAUGAAUAAUGUAUUGUCUCUCUGGAAGCAGAGGAGUCAUGAAGGGCAAGCAACUCGUGUGGCUCUUGAUGAGAGUCAACUAUCUGGGUCAGCUGAUGACAGACCCUUUUCUGUUGGACAGUCCACAAAAAGCAAGUAUAAGACUGAUCCAUCGUCCAUAAAAGAUAAUUCCAUGUCCAGUUCAGGAGCUUCCAACAUUGUCUCUGCGGCCCAGGCUGUUGGUUUGGAGUCUCCAGUCAAGCCUAGACCUGUGAGUAACAGCUUAGGGGGGACUGUGAUGGGGGUCAUUAGAGGUUCUGGAAGAGCUACAGUUAGAUCAGAAUCUACGUAUUCAGGAUUAUCUGGUGGUGUUUCCCCUUCAACUGUUGCUACAAGUGCUGUUGGUUUUCCUUUAUCAACAAAUGCAGAUAUUUCUACAGCUGUAACUCCAUUUAAAACGGAUGCAUCUGCGUUGGGUACCUAUGCACCACCUGCGGCUAUUGGGGGUGGCAAGAGGAGGUUUUCUGAAAUGCCACUCAAUCCAGCUUCUACAUAUAAGGAGCAACCUCAAACUACCUAUAGGGAUCGUGCAGCGGAGCGAAGGAGCUUGUAUGGAUCAUCUUCUGUUGGGGAGGAUUCAUCUGACUUGGGAUUUGAUGAUUCAAAUCGAGAUAUUGCAUCAAGGAAGGGUUCUAUGGAUUCAAUGCCUUUUCCCCCCGGUGUUGGUGGAGGACGUGUAUUCGGAGAUGCUAAUGUUAAUAGUUAUGAGGUCAUUACUGCAGACAAAGCAAUUGAUGAAAGCAACGUGGGUAACAGGAUGCUCCGCAGCAUGGGCUGGCAUGAAGGCUCGGGAUUAGGGAAGGAUGGAAGCGGAAUGGUAGAGCCAGUCCAGGCGCAAGCCGUGGAAAGUAGAGCAGGACUUGGGAGUCAGCAGAAGAAGCUUGAUCCUCUCCUUGAGGUGCAGGCUGGAGAUAGUUACAAAACCCUACUUCAUAAGAAGGCACUUGCCAGGUUUCGGGAGAUGUCGUAGAUAGAUAGAUGUGGGGCAAUUGAAGCUGCUCCUGGUUUGCAGGGAACUGACAAUAAAAAAAAAUUUAAAAAAAAAAAAGAAAAGAAAAAAGCGAGGGAAGCUAGUGUCAAGACAAGACCUUGAAAAACUGGUAGUAGAAAAUGUAGUGUGCCUUGUAGAGAGGCGAUUUGGUCGUGCAAUAUUGGUUGAAGGUGUAUCUUGAGACUCAUUUUCUAUUGUCUAUUGUAAAAACUAGCUUUUCAAGCCUUGAAAAGUUACUGGUAUUAUUGAAAGCUAUGAAAUUUUGAUUA